GGUACUUGCAUCUGCCUCCGUAUAGGCUAGAUGGCACUGUCGGUCUCCUAGAGACGUCAACGUCAGCGUCAGCGUCAGCUUCAGCGCCCAGCGCGAUUAUGGCCUCCAUCUCUACUGCGUCCGGAAUGCAUGGCGGCGCCCGCCUGAAAGGCAACGGCAGUGACGGCAGCGGCAGCGAUAGAAUACAUACGAACAGAAGUGUGCUCGUUCAGUCUGGCGAGAUAGAUGAUGUUGAUGUUGCCCCCGGGCGAGAGAAAGUCGAGAAGCCGGCCGUUAAGCCAUGGGCUCAUUUCCUUGCUGGCGGGUAUGUCACCAACAAGUGAAUGACAUUUAACGGGCUUGAUAAUGAGAACUACACUGACAAAGAGAAUAAGACUCGGCGGAAUGACCGCUGCGAUACUUACGUCGCCGCUGGAUGUGCUCAAGACUCGUCUACAGUCGGACUUCUACCAGGCGCAGCUGCAACAGCUUCGCGCGCAGCACCCGUUGCCCCCGGCCUCUUCGUCGAUUACCGCCCUUACCCGCAGUGCAGUAGUUCAUUUCAGCGAGACGAUACAGAUGCUUCGUUCAAUACACGUCCAUGAAGGGUGGCGGGCGCUGUUCAAAGGUCUAGGGCCGAACUUGACGGGCGUUGUGCCAGCACGAGCCAUCAACUUCUACGUCUACGGCAAUGGCAAGAGGAUACUGAACGACUACUUCCGAUAUGAUCCGAAUGAGUCCCCCGUCGCCAUUCACCUAGGUGCCGCAGCGAUAGCAGGCAUAGCUACGGGGACAGCUACAAACCCCAUCUGGCUCGUCAAGACGAGAAUGCAGCUGGACAAAAAUGCCUCUCAACAGCAAGGAGGCGGCCAGGCAGUGAGGAAAAGGCAGUACGCCAACUCUCUGGACUGUAUACGCCAGACUGUUCGUCACGAAGGCAUCCAGGGCUUGUAUCGCGGCCUGUCAGCUUCGUACCUGGGUGUGUCCGAGAGUGCGCUGCAGUGGGUGUUGUACGAGCAAAUGAAGCGUGUAUUGGCGCAAAGAGAAGCCCGACUGGCUGCUGAUCCAACGCAUGUACCCGGUUGGACGGACGAUGUGAUAUCGUGGGGCGGCAAGCUUGUGGCGGCUGGAUCCGCGAAACUGGUGGCUGCUGUAGCGACUUAUCCGCACGAAGUGGUACGGACGCGGUUGCGUCAGGCGCCGACCGUCCCGGUAGGCUCAGGGAAAGCCCAGCUGAAGUACACCGGCCUAGCGCAGUGUUUCAAGGUCGUCUGGAAGGAAGAAGGCAUGGCGGGUAUGUAUGGUGGCCUCACGCCUCAUUUGCUUAGAGUGGUGCCUAGCGCAGCCAUCAUGUUCGGGAUGUAUGAACUGAUCCUGCGACUGUGUGGUACAACGGCGUGAAAGUAUCUUUAUCUGCCUAUGUAUUAUUACCACUGAAUCUUUCCUCUACAUUCUGGGGACAGGCGUUUUGGGGCUGGGAAGUGGGAAAUACAGAAAUCACAUGUACUUCUACCUAUACAUGGACUCGGAGUUCUUUCGGUCUCUUUUCUUUUUAUCCCAUUUUGGCGCUAUUUGGAGUGGAAACGCUGUCGAUAUCAGAUGCCUGUACGAAUACCAUAUUAUUAUUGAUGUUGCUGUUGUUCGUUCAAUCCCUUGCUAUACGUUGUUUGUCUCGCUGCCUCUCCGCCUGUUCCGCGUCGACCCCGUACACAUAUGGAUGCCUU